CUGACGUUCAAUUCAAUCUAUGGUAUGGAAGGCGUUGUAGACGAAAGCUCAUCUUCAUCUAUCGAAUUCAUUUCAAUGACGGUCUUUGAUUGAUUUAUUAAAGAUCGGAGACGUUAUACUAUUAAAUAAAAUAUUAGAUUAGUGUUGGUGACCAAAAGUUGCAGUUUUUUUAGAAAAGUGUGAUUAAAAGGCUUAAAACUGGUGUUCGAUAAGUCACUUGGCAAUAUGCCUGCCGUGAGGGGCGAUGGAAUGCGAGGACUCGCAGUAUUCAUAUCUGAUAUAAGAAACUGCAAAAGUAAAGAAGCUGAAAUAAAGAGAAUCAAUAAAGAGUUGGCGAACAUAAGAAGCAAGUUCAAGGGAGAUAAGACUCUUGAUGGUUACCAAAAGAAGAAAUACGUCUGUAAACUUCUAUUUAUCUUCUUACUAGGACAUGACAUUGAUUUUGGACACAUGGAAGCAGUGAAUUUACUGUCUUCCAAUAAAUAUUCUGAAAAACAGAUAGGUUAUCUUUUUAUAUCAGUAUUGGUCAACACUAAUAGUGAUCUGAUUAAGCUCAUUAUUCAGAGCAUUAAGAAUGAUUUACAGUCCCGAAACCCUAUUCACGUUAACCUCGCUUUGCAAUGUAUUGCUAACAUUGGUAGUAAAGAUAUGGCAGAAGCCUUUGGAACUGAGAUACCUAAACUUUUGGUAUCAGGUGACACUAUGGAUGUAGUUAAACAAUCUGCUGCACUAUGUCUACUUCGUCUGUUUCGUAAAUCACCUGAAAUUAUUCCUGGUGGUGAAUGGACUUCACGUAUAAUACACCUUUUGAAUGACCCACAUAUGGGUGUGGUGACUGCCGCCACAUCUCUUAUAGAUGCACUCGUUAAAAAGAAUCCAGAAGAAUAUAAGGGAUGUGUAACAUUGGCUGUAGCCAGGCUAAGCCGAAUUGUAACUGCCAGCUAUACAGAUUUACAGGAUUACACAUAUUACUUUGUACCAGCUCCUUGGUUAUCUGUUAAAUUAUUGAGAUUACUACAGAACUACACUCCUCCAUCUGAAGAGCCUGGUGUACGAGGACGACUUUCGGAAUGCUUGGAAACAAUUUUUAACAAAGCUCAAGAACCACCUAAAUCAAAAAAAGUCCAACAUUCAAAUGCUAAAAAUGCAGUAUUAUUUGAAGCUAUAAGUCUCAUAAUUCACAAUGAUAGUGAACCAAAUUUGUUAGUUCGUGCCUGUAAUCAACUUGGACAAUUCCUCAGUAACCGGGAGACUAAUCUUAGAUAUUUAGCCCUUGAAUCUAUGUGCCAUCUUGCAACUUCUGAAUUUUCACAUGAAGCUGUCAAGAAACACCAAGAAGUUGUUAUUCUCUCUAUGAAAAUGGAAAAAGAUGUGUCAGUCCGACAGCAAGCUGUGGAUUUACUUUAUGCAAUGUGUGAUAAAACAAAUGCUGAAGAAAUUGUUCAGGAAAUGUUGGCCUAUUUGGAAACUGCAGAUUAUUCUAUCAGGGAAGAAAUGGUGUUGAAAGUUGCCAUUUUAGCAGAGAAGUAUGCUACUGAUUUCACUUGGUAUGUUGAUGUUAUUCUCAAUUUGAUAAGAAUUGCUGGUGACUAUGUAUCAGAAGAAGUUUGGUAUAGAGUCAUACAAAUUGUUAUAAACAGAGAGGAAGUUCAAGGAUAUGCUGCAAAAACAGUUUUUGAAGCUUUACAAGCACCUACAUGCCAUGAAAACAUGGUGAAAGUGGGUGGUUAUAUACUUGGAGAAUUUGGUAAUUUGAUUGCAGGAGAUACUCGAUCCUCACCUCAAGUCCAGUUUGAGUUACUUCAUUCCAAAUAUCACUUAUGUUCUGCUGCAACAAGAGCACUUUUGUUGUCAACCUAUAUAAAACUUGUAAAUCUCUUCCCAGAAAUAAAAAAUCGUGUACAAGAAGUUUUUCGAGCUGAUUCCAAUAUUAGAUCAGCUGAUGUAGAAUUACAACAGAGGGCAUCAGAAUAUUUGCAAUUAAGUAUAGUGGCUAGUUCUGAUGUUCUAGCAACAGUCCUUGAAGAAAUGCCUGCUUUUCCAGAAAGAGAAUCAUCAAUUCUUGCUGUAUUAAAGAAGAAAAAGCCCGGACGUAUACCUGAUGAUGUAAGAGAGUCAAAAAGCCCGCAACCAUCUGGUGUUCCAACUGCUGUUAUCAAUUCCACAAAUAAUACCAAUAGCUCCAGUGCUGAUCUGCUCGGCCUGUCCACACCACCUGGGACUACUGCUCCCACCACUGGUAAUGGUUUGCUUGAUGUGUUUGGAGAUUUAUACAAUGCUCCCAAAAUAAGUCCAAGCACAGUGCAGCAAAAUAACAUAAAAAAAUUCUUGUUCAAAAAUAAUGGAGUUCUCUUUGAAAAUGAUUUAAUUCAAAUAGGAGUCAAAAGUGAGUUUAGACAAAACUUGGGUAGAAUUGGCUUGUUCUAUGGAAAUAAGACACAGUUUGCAAUUCAAAAUGUCCGCCCAGAAUUACAUUGGACUGAUUCACACAAACUUAAUGUACAAAUGAAGCCUAUGGAACCAGUACUGGAAGCAGGUGCUCAAAUUCAGCAAAUGUUAACUGCAGAAUGCAUUGAAGAUUUUUCAGAUACACCGAGCAUGUCCAUUUCUUUCAUGUUCAAUAAUGUACCUCAAAAGAUUACUAUGAAACUUCCACUUACAUUAAACAAAUUUUUUGAACCCACAGAAAUGAAUGGUGAGUCUUUCUUUGCACGGUGGAAAAAUUUAGGUGGAGAACAGCAAAGAGCCCAAAAGAUAUUCAAAGCUCAAGGUGUAAUUGAUUUAACUGCUGCCCGUACUAAACUAGCUGGCUUUGGUAUGCAGCUUUUGGAUGGAAUUGAUCCAAACCCUGAUAAUUUUGUGUGUGCGGGUAUUGUACAUACUAGAGUUCAGCAAGUGGGAUGUCUCAUGAGAUUGGAACCAAAUAAACAAGCUCAAAUGUUUAGACUAACAGUAAGGUCUAGUAAAGAAACAGUCUCACAAGAAAUUUGUAAUCUGUUAGCUGAUCAGUUCUGAAUUAAAUUGGAAAGGACCAUGUAUAUGAGCAACUUGUUAAACAAUGAAAUUGAUGUUAUAAUUAAUUAUAUUAUUUGCCUAGAGAUUCACAUUUGUAAAGUUGCCAAGUGCAGUUUCAAUGUAACAAUGCAAUACACCUGUAAAUAUUGCAUUGAUACUCAGUAUGACAUAUGAAAUGUCUGGUGUGCAAUUUUCUAUUUCUUUUAUUGUUGUUACUUUUGUUAAUAAUGUUUGUAUACAUCUGUUUCAUAUAAUGAAGUUAAAAAAUAAUUUCCUAAGACAGCUAGCUAAAACUAUAUACCUUGUAACUGAGGCUGUUGAUAUUCAUCAAAUAUGUAAAUCUUUUUCUCUCUUUUUACUGAUAACUACUUGCAUACUUACGUGAUUUUAAUAUUCAACUUUGUAAUGUUACUUUGAAUAUUGCUGCUAUAUCCAAAACAAGGUAGUAUGUCAGUGUCUUAUUUUUGUUAAUAUAUAAAUGUGUAACAUAAAAUAUGGUACAUAGAUACCAAAAAUAUUUUAUUUGUAUAUAGGUUUUUGAUUACUAUACUCGAUCUUGAUUACAUAAGAUUGAACUUUUCAAAUAACCAUUUCAAUGAUAUUUUAUACUUUUUAAUUUUUUAUUGUUUACAUUAUUUAUUGGAUAAACCUAAAUAUACCAAAAAUAAGUAUAGUAUUUGGCUAUUGUACACAUAAAAAUUUAUAUUGGCCUAAAUUGCAUUCUUCAUACACAUAUAAUAGUUAUACUUAUUUUUAUUUUAUUUUUACAUGUCUUUGGAAAGUAGCAUUAAAAUACACCAAAUUUGUCAUUCAGAAUAGUAAUAAAAAUCUACUUUAAGAACAUUGUAUAUGAUGUUAUUUCAUUAGGCUUAUAUAGUCUGUUAAUCAAAUAUGAAUAUGAAAUGUAUCUACAAAACAUACAUUGUAUUCUUGCACAUAUAUGGUAUUGCUUUUACAGAUGUGUGUAAUUUUUACUUGGUUAAUUUUUAAGAUGUUUAUUUUAAAAUAAUUUAAAAAUAAGUAGAGCGCAGAGUUCUCAUCUAAAUUUGUAAUAGGUACUAACUAUAACAAUAUUGAAUUGUUAUAGAGAUCCUUAUAUAGCUGCUAGUAUUAUUGUGUGGCUAUAUUUAUUUAUCUGACAUUCCUAACAAGUCUCAAAUUUAGUUUUUCAAUUGUGAUAAUUCUGUAGAUGUCACGAUUUAUAUACACUACUCAGAUCUCAGUGAUAUUACAUGCUAAUAACUCAAUAUGUAGGAUCUACCCAUUUUCAUGUAGUUUACACCGCCAAUGUCGAGUCUUAUCAUGAAUGGGUGUACAACGGUAGAUGUUUACUUUUUUAUAAGUGCACUACAAUCAUCUUGAGCUAUUUGUUUAUACGUAAUAGAAAUAUUUUUUAUAGAUGUUGCAUUAGCAUUGUCUGGUAUUUAUAAAUAUGUAGUAAAAACUUUGAUUCCGUUACUUCAACACUUAUAAAUGUUACUGAGUUUAUUAUAGGAAUCUCACUACACAAAAUGUUUUUUAUGUUCCAUGAAAUUAUAGAUGUAGAGUUAGACAAAUUAGUAUUAUGAAAAUAAAAUGUUGUUAUGAAAUCUGUAGCAUGCUGAGACUUUCUUUGCAUGAUUUAGAUUUGUAUAAGAGAUGAGUAAUAAUUAUAAAGUAAUAUAUAUCAUUUCAAACAUUUAUUCAUUCUACCUGUUAAGAUAUGUGGUAUAAUAACCUUUAUAUGUAUAUUAUGAAUAUGAAUUUAAUGAAGUAAUGCUUGUCUGGUAUAUUACGUACGCAUUGCAUAUUGUGGGGUUAUCAAUAUGUACAAUAUCGCAUGUGAAAUUCGAGUGUAUGAAACAUAGAGAUAGAAGUUUGUUCUCGCGCUUCUAAAUCAUAUUGUAAUUGUCUGAAAUACAUAUUUAUCCAAUACAUA